AUGAAACUCUCUCCAUUACUUUUGGUUCCCUUCUUGUUCCAGGUGGCCACGGCCGUCAUUAAUAUUACCACUGUUAGAACUACUAUAACUAACUCAGCCCCUUCUAACCUCUGUACUUCCUAUAUUACUUCCGGCGGUCUGGGUCUGCUUGCCUGGCUGGCUACUGCUGAUUUCUAUGCCCAAUCAACCAGUGAUAUUGCCAUCUUAGGAACUGGGGUGAGGACGUACACAUACAUUGUUCAGUGGUUCUUCACCUUUGAUGAUCCGUUGGAGGCCACUGGUUUUAACAUCGGUGCUUUGACCAGUGCCGUUUCGUUGCUCACCACUGUUAAUGUGGUUGUUAACCCUACCCAGGGUGGUUUUAUCCUUUCUUAUAACGACACCGUCACCUAUCCAAUUGUGCUUAAUGCAGAGCUUCUUAAUGGGCUCAACUGUUUCGAUUCCAUUAUUGGCUACACCACGGGCUUUACCGGUGGGCCAAAUCCUACCACUAUCAUUUUAGGCUCCUCAGAUUUCUGGCUUAACCCGGCUAACGACUUGACUUGUCACCACGAUAUACCUGACGAGUACCUACCCCGUCACUCUGACCAGCACGUGGACAUCGGUAACGGGUACCUUCAUUAUUCUUCCAUUGUAUGGUACCUUUACCACUACGUUGACCAGUACCACGACCCAAACAUUUACCCAAACCGAGUUAGUCCCUACUGUCUCCACCUCUUUAAUUACCGCUGUUACCCUGUGUCCAAGUUCCUCAAGUUCUUCCUCAAGUUCGAGCUCUUCCUCAAGUUCUUCCUCAAGUUCGAGCUCUUCCUCAAGUUCUUCCUCAAGUUCGAGUUCUUCCUCAAGUUCUUCCUCAAGUUCGAGUUCUUCCUCAAGUUCUUCCUCGAGUUCUUCGAGUUCUUCCUCGAGUUCUUCCUCCAGCUCUUCCACGCUAUCAUCUUCGAGUUUGAGUUCUUCAAGUUCUUCGAGUUCUUCGAGUUCUUCCAGUUCUUCCCCCAGCUCUUCCGUCGCUCCAAGCUGGUCCUCCUCCACCUCUUCUUCUAG